AUGCAUGCGAGCAAUACCAUCACUACCAUCGACACGGAUCAUGGUGCUGCGCCGUACCGCCAGUCUCCAUUAGUCUACCUUGGUAUCACGCUAUCAUCUUCGGUAGUCUAUGGUCUUUGUCUCUGGUUUCUCGCUCUCGCUUCCUUCCACAACUCCUUCGCAGCUCUCCGACCUCACUCCUUGCCACAUCACCGCCGGCCCGCUAUCGAUGCUUCCCACGACGACCAUGGCGACGCCGCCGCCCUUCUACCAGCCAAUGACACACCGCCAGCUCGACCCCCCUUGCUGGGCGGCCUCCCCGAGGCCAAAAUGGCGACUGACCUCGGAUGGGACUCCCGGCUAUCGAGCGGGAAUGGUGGCGAUAGUAAUGCAAUUGGCAUCUGGCGGUUUGUUCGCCGUACAUGCACCCCAUUUCUAACUCUCAGCAAGCUUGGCUUUUCGGAUGACUGUGACGGCGAAGAUGAGUGGUUGGGCGCGGUUAUCACCAUGUUGUUCUAG